AUGACCGGCGGCGUGAACGGCAACGGCGGAGGCGGGGGUGGGGGCGGCGGCGGCGGGGCGUGCGCGGUGUGCAAGCACCAGCGUCGCAAGUGCGAGCCCAACUGCGAGCUGGCCGCCUACUUCCCGGCCAACAGGAUGAACGACUUCCGCGCGCUGCACCUCGUCUUCGGGGUGGCCAACCUCACCAAGCUCAUCAAGGCCAACGCCACCGAGGCGGCGCGCCGCCGCGCCGCCGAGACGCUGACGUGGGAGGCGCGGUGGCGCGAGCGCGACCCCUCCGAGGGGUGCUACCGCGAGGUCUCCUGCCUCCGCCGCGAGAACGCCGUGCUGCGCGCCGAGAACGCCGCGCUCAGGCGCCGGGCCGACCAGUGCGCGUGCUGCGCCACCACGUUGCACCAGCAGCAGCAGCAGCAGCAGAUAUUGCUCGUCUCGGCUUACAACAACGGCGCCCGGCCCCCCGGCGGCGUGCUGCACGGCGCCAGCACCGGGGUCGUGCCCGGCGGCUUCUACAGCGGCAAUGCCGGCGCCGUCCGUGCUGCCAAUGGCAACGGGCCGAUGCCCGCGCGGCCUCACGUGUCAGCUCCGGCGCCGCAAACGACGAUGGCCGGGUACGCGCAGGGCGACCGGCACCACGCCGCGUCCGGCGGAGCGAACGGCGCCGGCGCGCCGAGGCCCGGGGCAGCUGGUCAGGCGGAGCCCAGAGAGAAGAGCAGCGCGAGGUAA